UACCGAAUAUUAACAAUUAUUAUCAACAUAACCUCAUCCGUUUCAAUUUCCUUCUAAUUCAUGUGAUUCGAAGAUUGAUUCUACUUAUGGUAAUUCAAUAAUUAAACGUAUUUUUGUAACGUUACUUUUUAUGUUUUCGUUUUAAUUAUCGUCGUAAAAUGCACUCUCGAUACUUUUAUUUGGAUUUGGAAUUAGAUUUAAGCACUUCAAUUAGACCUGAGUUGGCAGUUCAAAGUAUACUGCAAGAAGCAACGCAAGAAUUGUUCGGCGAGUGUUGCGGCGUACGAGCGGACAUACUGCGCGUGCGCGAGGAGCACGGGACGGCGCACGUCCUCGUACGAACACGUGAUACACAUCUCCGCAAACUACGAGCGGCGCUCGCACUGACACCUCGUAACAUACGUGUACUUGCCGAGGCGCCUUCCUUGCAGGCACUGAUUUAAUCCUUCGCCACGAGUAUCGCGGAGAGUAUGUCGGCGCGGCGCGUGUGGGAGACGGGCGAGGGCGGCAAGGACGUGGUGGUGGUGGCGCCGCGCGACGAGCUGGCGGCGCCGAGCAGCGCGGUGCUGCCCGCGCCCGAGCCCGCGCCCGGCCUCAUCCUGCCCGACGGCGCCAUCAACUGGGGCUGCCCGUGCCUCGGCGGGAUGGCCACGGGGCCCUGCGGCACGCAGUUCCGGGACGCCUUCUCCUGCUUCCACUACAGCGAAGCGGAACCAAAAGGCAGCGACUGCUACGAAAAAUUUAGUAUAAUGCAGGAGUGUAUGGGACAGUACCCUGAGCUGUACGGCAAGGACGAGGACGACGACGAGCUGGCGGCGGCGCUGGAGCACGCCGCCGACGCGCCCGCCGCGCCGCCUGCGACCCCCGCGACCCCCGCGACCCCCGCGCCCCCCGCGACCCCCGCGCCCGCCGAGCCCGCGCCCGCGCGCGCCUGAGCGCCGGCGUGGUCUCGUAUAAAGCACAAUUGAACGUAGUAUAUAUAUUAUUGUCGAUAGUUCGAUUGUUUCUGUUAAAAUAAGUUACGUUUUUUUUUAUAUUUCAGCCAAAAAGUUUCGUCUCUUAAUGAUGAGUGUAGUGUAGCGUUCUGUGAAGGUGACAAGUAUUACUUUGAUUUUGCAAAGUAAUGAUGUGUAUCUUUGCCGUACAUAAAUGUUUUGAGAAGUUA